AUGAUGCUUCCUGCCCAUUCUACUUUGCUCUCACCAUUGGCUGUGUAUGGUGGCACAAUAGUGGCGAUGGGUGAGGCCCUGGUGCACAUGAGGAAUACUCUCCUGCCACUCUGUAUAGGGGUGUUUCUGUUUCAAUAUGGAUGGCCCCUGGUGGUACACUCCCAACAUCAUGGUCCCCCAGAAGUAGUGAUUCCCUUGAAGAUGGCAGGCACUGGCAUUGCCGUGAAGCCUCCAGGUUGGCUUUCUUACACAAUGUAUUUUGAGGGCCAGAGACACAUUGUCCACAUGAAGGUCAACAAACUUCUCCUGUCCAAACACCUCCCAGUAUUCACCUACACAGACCAGGGCGCUAUCCUUAUGGAACAGCCUUUUGUCCAGAAUGACUGCUACUAUCAUGGUUAUGUGGAGGGGGAUCGAGAAUCCCUGGUUGUCCUCAGUACCUGUUUGGGGGGGUUUCAAGGAUUCAUACAGACAAAUGACAUGGUUUAUGAAAUAGAGCCCAAAAGACUUUCUACCACAUUUGAACAUUUUGUAUACAAAAGGGACAGUGAAGAGACACAAUUCCCACCCAUGCGAUGUGGAUUAACAGAUGAAGAAAUAGCACGACAAUUGAAGCUUCAAGAGAAUGUUAAUUUCACUUUGAAGCAGAGCGGGUAUGAAGGCUGGUGGACCCACAAGCGUAUUCUUGAACUGGCAGUGGUGGUGGACCACAAUCGAUAUCUUCAUCACCAAAGUAAUGCCUCAGAUGUGCAGCGUGAAGUAUGCCUUGUUGUCAAUGGAAUAGGUAUGUUUUUAAGUUCCCUGGAUGUUGAUGUGGUUUUAAUGGGAAUUGAGAUCUGGAGCAAUAGUAACCCCAUUACAUUAAAUAAAAUAGGGGCUGCUCUGAAUGCACUUUCACAGUGGAAGUUAACUGGCUUUAAUGACCGCAUAACCCAUGAUCUUGCACAUGCUUUCGUAAAGCAAAGUUUUGGUGGUACUGUUGGCUUAGCCUAUGUUGGAACAGUCUGUAACGCUCGUUAUAACUGUGCAGUUGAUAGUUUCUUGAAUGAUAAUUUGCAUGGUUUUGCACAUAUUGUAUCACAUGAGAUUGGUCAUAAUUUAGGUAUGCCUCAUGAUGGGAAUACUUGUAAAUGUAGGGAUAAGACCUGCAUAAUGUAUCCAACAGAAACAAGUUCAACUAGAUUCAGCAACUGCAGUUAUGCUGACUUCGUGAACACCAUGACAAAACGAACCUGUUUGUUUGAUUUACAUAAUAAAGAGAACAUCUCCCAAUGUACAUGGUGUGGGAACAGUGUGGUUGAAGAAGGAGAAGAAUGUGACUGUGGAACUUUAGAUUUGUGUAUGAAAGAUCCAUGCUGUGAGUCAAACUGCACUCUCAGACCUGGGGCUGCUUGUGCUUUGGGGCUUUGUUGCAAAGACUGCCAGAUUGUGUCAACAGGCACACUUUGUAGACCAGAGAUAAAUGAAUGUGAUCUCCCAGAGUGGUGCAAUGGGACAUCCUACCUUUGUCCAGAAGAUGUAUAUGUGCAGAAUGGGUUCCCAUGCAAGGGUGGUGGCUACUGCUAUGAAAAGAGAUGCAACAACCGUGAAGAACAGUGUAGGAAAAUUUUUGGCAAAGAGGCAAAGAGUGCAAAUCACAGUUGCUACACAAAAAUGAAUACUCAAGGUGAUCGUUUUGGUCACUGUGGUCUCAACUCCUCUACAUAUGUAAAAUGUAACAUCUCAGAUAGCUUGUGUGGGAGGAUUCAGUGUAAAAACGUGGCCAAAAUUCCGCUUCUGAGUGAUCAUUCUACGGUCCAUUGGACUCACUUCAGUGGCGUCACCUGCUGGGGUACAGACUACCACUUUGGGAUGACCACACCUGACAUUGGUGAUGUGAAAGAUGGUACAGAGUGUGGUGCAGAACAUGUCUGCGUCCAAAGGAAGUGUGUCAAUAGGUCAUCUCUGCUAAGUAACUGUUCACCAGAGACCUGCAAUAUGAACGGGAUCUGCAACAACAGACAACACUGCCAUUGCGACAGAGGCUGGGACCCCCCCAGCUGCCUGGAAAAAGGCUUUGGAGGUAGUAUUGAUAGUGGCAAACCCCCUAGGAUCAAAAGUGGGAGAAGGCAGAUAACAACAUUUCUGCCACUACUUUUGUUGAUUCUUUUCUUUGUUGUAUUAGGCUUAUUAAUUUGGUUCUUUAUGGUAUACAAAAGACGAAAAAGAAAUGUUCCACUUUCACCUGAAGAAGAGACCUUACCUGAGUAA